AUGAGUUCACGGCCGACCUCAGCUCGGCGUCGGCAGACGACAACACCACCACCGUCGAAAGCGUUGCUGGAGUUGCAACGAAGGGGAUUGGAGUUGGGAACACCAUCACCACCUUUUAGUUUGCGAGUCCCUGGCAGUGACAAGUCUGCUAAAUCGAGCUCGUCCGACUUGGACAAACCUUUGCCGCUGGAGCCAUCUGAGUUGGGACGGAGAUCCUCGAGUGUAUACAGUACCGACACUACGAUCACCAACAUCAUCCACAUGUAUGGUGGGUUCCGGGAUCUUGAUCUUGAUCUAGAUGAUCGACUCGAGGCCCCUCGGUUAGCCCGGUUGCAUCACCCACAGGCUUACAGAGACACCGUUGCGCCAUUGCUAGCUAGGCGGCUCAGCCUCAGUCGAAGCCCUUCUCCGUAUUCGCCAUUCCCAGACCGAAAGCAAGCGAAAGCAUCGGCAUCUUCGCUCUCGUUAAGAUCCCUUGGUCCUCCAAGACUUGCUCCAACCCUGGCGGAAUUCUCCCACCGGCUCCAAGAUCGCAAGGAUGAGCUAGCUUUACCAGCAAUCAGCAUAUUUGACAUUCACCGGCAAGUUGCAUUGGACCAACUAUCAGCCCCCUCAGCGCAAAUUUCUUCAGCUGAGCAGUCCAUCCGCGUAGGACACACACCACCUCUUCCAGACGCCAUGUCAGGAAGCGUUUCAGAUAUCACCGACGACGACCUCCUCCCAUCACCUCCAGAUCUGAGAAGUAGCAGCCCUCCCAGCCCAGUCUUCAGCUCUCCUUCACAAUAUGAUCUCCUGCAACCACAAAGACCAUCCGAGAGGCCACCGAGUCAGUUCACGGAGCAACGGUACAAAGAAAGACAUUGGUCUGAAAAUUGGUUAGUGGAUGAGCACAUGAUCGAUCCCUUUCCACAAGACAUGUCUCGAACGGGCGCACUGGAGAUUGCCAAUAGCAGACAAAGUUCUAUGGACCAAGCCAAAGAGCGAGCAAUGUCGUACGCAACGUCCUACAAUUCAGGGCUGGAACAAGGGAGACGGCCUUCCGGCAAAUCUGCACGGCAAAGUCUCCAAGAAGGAGUCAGUGACCUGCUGAGGUCAGUGUCUCAGUCCGGCCGGGCGUGGAACGGCGCAGGAAGUCCAUUGAUGGAAGAAGAGAUGCCUCGAGAACAGCAACUAGGUGCACUUGGUAAUCCAUAUCAAAUCUACGAUGAGGAGAUGUGGUCGAAAAAGAAAAAGAAGCCACGGGAAGAGCGAACGGACCCGAAGCGAGGCAAGUCGCUGGACCUAGCGACGGCAUAUCACAAUGGACAAAGCCAAAUCGUUCAUGCAAUGCAGAAAUUCACGAGACGGGCAUCGAUGAAGCGCAAGAAGAAGUUGAAACAGAGUAUCGUCAUGGUUGGGCCAAUGGCUACAAGGAAUAGUGGAGGUGGAAUUGUCCAGCAAAUGCCUGCUAAUGGUAAGAUGGAAUGGAUUUGA